AUGAAAUAUACCAGCACUCAAGUACAAACCAAUAAAUUCAAAAUGUCAACAUAUCCUUACAAUUCAAUAACAUCCCCUACCCCACUUCCUAUACAAAAUAGUACUGUUUAUUUCAUUAUAGGACAUCCUGAUGAUGAAGUGAUGUUCUUCUCUCCUUCAGUAGUAGAAGUUGCCAAAACUAAAUAUCAUAAUGAUGUCAAGAUCAUAUGUUUUUCCCAGGGGGAUUCAGUUGAUGUAUCAAUGGGUGCUAUACGAUCUAAUGAACUUUAUCAUUCUGCAAGAAUAUUAGGGAUAGAUAAAGAAAAUGUUAGUAUACUUAAUGGUUUCAAGGAUGGUAUGAAUGAAACGUGGCCAGUGGCUCAAAUUAAACAAGUCUUACAAGAACAAGUUACAUCUGAUAAACCAAUUGUAUUGAUUACAUUUGAUGAAAAUGGAGUUUCAAAUCAUCCCAAUCAUAUUUCUUUAUAUCAUGGUACCAAGAGUUAUUUCAAUUCAAUCAAGAAGAAUGGGAAUAGUACAAGAUUAUUGAUUUUAAAGAGUUUGAAUUUCUGGGAGAAGUAUAGUUUUACAUUCUUAACUAAUGUUGAAUUAUUUGUGGCCCAUUUAUCAGAUUUAUUAAUUAGUAAUAUCAUUCAUAUUAAUAUCAAUGUCAGUUUCUUCAAUCAAGCUCCGUCGAUGUCUUCAAUCAAAAUCUAUAGUGAUUUAAACAUGUUGAGUGUAAGUUAUGCUGCUAUGGCAUAUGGUCAUUUCAGUCAAAUGGUUUGGUUUAGAUAUGGUUGGUUAUUAUUCAGUAGAUACCUCACAUUUAAUCAUUUAAUAGAAAUUAUAUAG